GUCGCUGAUACCACCUGGUCGACCAUUUAUCGCCCUUGUCGUCGUCCGCCUGGAAUUUAUGUGACUGAACAAUCGAACGACAAGUGGCAUGCAGCACCGUUUUGCCUACUACCCCAACCCGCAAAACGACACUGUGCGACAUAGCUGUUCGUUCCUUCGAUUCGUUCGUCCGUGUAAAUAAGUUGUUCCGAUUGGAUGGACUAGGGUUGUCGGUUGCAACGACCGCAACCACGCUCGCUACACUUGCCUCAUUGUUGACUUUGCGUGAAAGGGAAGAACCUCCUCCGUCACUGGCCAUUUGCUUUCGUCUUCUGCAACCUUCUUUCAAGGACAAGAGCGGCCUUUUGGGAUUCUGGUUGCUUCAUUCAUGCAGUCGAGUUUUGGGAAGGUAGGUUGCAGAAAACAUGAACUCGCAUCUCAAUCUUAAACGUGCCCCUCCGUAGCAUCAAUCGCAAACAUUGACCCUGAGAGUCAAGGUCUGAGGCAUCCGUGAUUUCUGGCCAGCUCCCACUUUCCGGACUUCUCAAGGGCCCUGGGCCUGUAGUGUUGUUUUCCAUAUAUUGACAGGAAACGCCACCGGUUGACCCAACCAUGCAACAGUCUAGACUUUGCGACAUCCGAUUAUUGAGAUGACUGCCCCUCGCUGCUGGGAGACAGACAAGGACAGCGAUACGCAGGUAUGUGCGCUAUUAGGGUUGAGCCACUCAUGGAUUCCUGAACAAGCCCACAUGGCCGGGAUAUGAUCCGUGUUAUCAGAGGUAGCGUUUGAGUGUGAGAUUCGACCUCUUGCGUUGCGAUGCCAAUGCAAUAGGAACAAAGGUCCAGAGCAAGCCAACUGCAUGAAGCUUGGUGUUCGAAGACCGGCAAAGACCACACCUCCUUUUUCGUUGUGCAUGAUCCAGAUAUAUCUCCCAUCACGUCUCACCUUCUAAAGGUGAGUCUUUGAGCCCAUCCACUUUAUUCCCAGCCAUCAGUCGUCAGUGACACAACAAACCAUCACCUUCACAAUGGCCAUAUCCGUCCAACCCCCAACCCGCGACCGCACUGCCGGCCACCGCACCAAAAAGUCCACGUCUUCCGUCUCCGUCACCCCCGUAUCAGAACCCCAACCCAUCGACCCAUCCAUCAUCAACCGACCCAACGACCUCUCUGCGGUACCCGACCUCCUCUCCGCCAUCUUCACCCAAGGCAUCGCCGCCGUGACCUCCCCCUCAGAUGACGCCACGCGGCUCGCGCUCCUCUCGUCCGCUCGGGCCCUCGUCCUGGCGCUCGAAAGCCCGCGCGAGACUAUGCUCCGGCAAUGCUGGGCCGACACGGUGUGCAUGUCCACCUUGUCGGUCGGCGUCGACACGGGCGUGUGGGCCUACCUUGGGCGAGACGACCGACCUAAGCGCGUGGCGGACAUUGCUGCGGCCACGGGGUUUGAGGCGGCAUACCUGGCCCGACUGCUGAAGCAUGUAGCUGCCAUGGGCCAUGUGAUUGAGACGGGCAAGGACGAGUAUAAGCCGACCAAUUUUAGUAAAGCGUUGGCGAUCCCGACUUUGGGAGCUGCGUAUCCUUUGUUCACGGGACCAGGUAACACGGGCGGAGUCCUCCGCUGCACGGCCUCGUUCCCUUCCUACCUCAAGUCCACCAACCUCACCACCCCGACUUCCAUCACCAACAGCAACACGCAGUUCGCCUUCGACACCCCCAAGAACUUUUUUGAGCUGUGCCAUGACCCGGCAUAUGCGCCAAUGGGAGCCCAGUUCAACACGCACAUGGGGUCGUACGCCUUUGGCCGGCCCACGUGGGUGGACGAGGGCUUUUAUCCGGUUGGGGAGCGUCUGCUGGAGGGCUUCGAUGACGAGGACGAGACGGCGGCGUUGUUGGUGGAUAUCGGCGGGAGUAUCGGGCAUGAUUUGCAGAAAUUCCGAGAUGCGUUUCCGGAAGCGAAGGGUAGACUGGUCCUACAGGAUCUGGAGCCUGUGGUGAGACAGGUGAAGGAGGAUGAUUUGGAUGCGAGUAUUGAGAGGAUGGCGUAUGAUUUUUUGACGGAGCAGCCGGUUAAGGGAGCCCGCGCGUACUACAUGCACUCGGUCCUGCAUGACUGGCCGGAUCAUCAGUGCGUCCCCAUUCUGGAAAACGUCAAGGCGGCCAUGAAGCCGGGGUACUCGCGCUUGUUGAUCAACGAGAACGUGAUCCCAGAUGUGGGCGCAAGCUGGGAGAGCACUUCGUUGGAUAUCAUGAUGUCGUGCUUGGUGUCGUCCAAGGAGAGGACAAGGGAUGAGUGGGUGCAGUUGUUGGAGCGCGAUGCUGGGCUCAAGAUUACCGGGUUUUAUCCGGUUGGGCAUGGCGUGGAGAGCAUCAUUGAGUGUGAGUUGCCAAGUGAGGAGAGUGAGUCGUCGAACGAGGACACUGAGUCGUCGACGGAUGAGUCUUUGUAACUGUCAUGAUACCAAUCGAAUAGUGUGUUUGUAUGGACUGGAUAUUCUUGCGUCUUGUACCUUUUCAAUCCUGGUUUCCGGUCUUCCUCUUUAUACUGAACCGGUCAGGUAAAGCCAAGUGUUGAACCGUUUCGUGGUCUCGGUGUAAGGUCAGAUGCUGAACAUACUUUGUUCCUCAUUUCGUCGAUUUGCCGACCUCAUGUUUCACCCGGCACCAAAUCUCCUCGCCGCCGACUUUAGCACCCCACUUCUGGACAACAAAUCGGGGAAAGACGAAGAGAACAGAGGAUGGCCAGCUACAUAUUUCCAUUCUUGUCAAGUAUAAAGCUCCGUCAACAGUUGAUGCUGGAUUGUUAGUGUCGAUGUCGUCCUGGGGCUCAAAUGCCGUCGUCGUGUCAACAUUCUAUGAAACCCUAACGAAAAGAAGUUAUAAGAAAGAGUUGGGUAUUCCGAGGUGAUAGCACAAAUCCAGGAAAGCGCAGAAUGUGGUGAGAUGUUGCUUUUGCCGAGUGUCCAAUGCGAGUUUCUG